AGCUGAGACGCCAUUACAGGGUCAGAGUUUUAACUGAAACACAAAGGUUUAAUCUAAAGAGAAAGAAGAAACUUUGACUGGGUGAGUUCUGGGACUGAGAGAUUUCUGUAGAAAAUGGCAGAAAAUACUGUGGUUCUUGAAAGUUACCUGAGCUGCCAUGUUUGUUCAGAGACUUUCAGAGAUCCUGUGUCUCUGAGCUGCAACCACAGCUUCUGUUCAAGCUGCCUGAAGGAAUUCUGGGAACAAACUGGAAACAAGAACUGUCCCAUCUGUAAAAGAAGAUCAUCAAAGGUGAUUCUGCAGGUAAAUUUUGGACUGAAGGAACUGGCUGAUUCUUUUACUGGAAGACAGAAAUCCGGAUCAUCAGAGACAAAAAAAGGAGAAAAGCAGCUGAUGGUCUGCAGUGAACACCAAGAAGAUACUAAACUGUUCUGUAAAGACGAGCAGAGAGCUGUGUGUCCUGUCUGUGAGUUUUCUCUCCACCAGAGUCACAAAGUGGUUCCUAUAGAAGAAGCAGUCAGUGAGCUGAAGGAGCAGCUGAAAUCUGACUUAAAGUCUCUGCAGGACAAGAGGAACAAACACAAACAAGUGGAGAAAACAUACGAUGAUGUGAUUCAACACUCCAAGAAGCAGGUGUUGUCCACAGAGAGACGGAUCAGAGCAGAGUUCAACAAGCUCCACCAGUUCCUGAGAGAGGAAGAGGAGUCCAGACUGGCAGCUCUGAGGGAGGAAGAGGAGCAGAAGAGGAAGACUAUCAUGGGAGAGAUGAAGAGGAUUGAUGAGCAGAUCUCCUCUCUGUCAGACAGCAUCUCUGCUGUUGAAGAAGAGCUGCAGAAAGACAACAUGUCGUUCCUCAGCAGUUAUGAAGCCACUCAGAGCAGAGCCAGAGGUCAGAGGUCACUGCCAGAUCCACAGCUGGUCUCAGGAGCUCUGAUAGAUGUGGCCAAACACCUGGGCAACCUGUCCUUCAGAGUCUGGGAGAAGAUGAAGGACCAGGUGAAGUUCAGUCCCUUCAUUCUGGACCCAAACACAGCAAGUAGAUGGAUCCAUCUGUCUGAUGAUCUGACCAGUUUGAGACGUGGAGACACAGAUCAGCAGCUUCCUGAUAAUCCAGAAAGAAACACUAAAUAUAACAAUGUUUUUGGUUCUGAGGGCUUCAGCUCAGAGAAACAUAGCUGGGAUGUGGAGGUGGGAGAUCAUCCUCGCUGGACUGUCGGUUUGGUUAAAGAGUCUGUGGACAGGAAAGGAGAAAUAUCUGGUUCACCAAAAAAUGGAAUCUGGCGUUUAAGGCAUUGUGAUGGAAAAUACUGGGAUGGUGAUGGUGAAACUCUCACAGUGAAGAAGAGUCUCCAGAGGAUCAGAGUCCAGCUGGACUAUGACAUGGGGGACGUGUCCUUCUAUGACUCUGAAGACAUGACUCUCAUCUGCACUCACAGAGACACUUUCACUGAGAAACUCUUCCCUUAUUUUACUGUAGGAGCAGCAGGUGAUACCAAAACAUCUGAGAUCAAAAUAUGUGAAACUAAGAUUUCUGUUUAAAGACAGCUCAAAGUUUUGUUUUUAUUUUUACCGAAUUAUUCUGAAUGAAAUUCUGGGACCUUGCAAAAUAUAAAACUUUACAUUUCAUGUUUAAAGUAUUAAGCCAUCAACUUCCACACAAUAUUUAAAAAUGUUUUGUGACAGAGAAGGGUUAUAAUUUAAGAGGAAAUAAGAACAUUUAUAAAACAAUGAGAAGAUAUUUUGUAUAUCAGUGAGUGGUAGAUUUAUGCAAUUUAUUAAAUGAUGAAAGUACAAAUAUAAACCAAUUAAAAAAAACUAUUCAAAAAUAUGUUGUGUAGGAUGUGUAUCACAACGACCAAAAAUACUUCUAAUGAUAUUACAAAUGGAUAAAUAUUUGCACAUUUAAGGAUAACAAUAAUUUGGGGGAUAAUUAAAGAGUUUAUCUGAUGUGGAGAUAUAAAUGUUUGUAGGUUGAUAAAUAUGAGAGGGGCAGGAAUUUAUGUGAUCAUGUUUCUUCUAUCUUCUUUCUUCCCCCGAUCAUAUUAGAUAAAAUUACAUGCAAUGGACGUGAUAAUUUGUUUUAUUUUUUUUCUGCUUUUAUUUGUUCCCUGUUGAAAUAAAUAAAUCAAUCUUUCUAUUUACAAUGAACCCAA